AAAAAAAAGUACGGACUAUUAAGUUAGGGCAAGUUUCAGACGACACAAUCUGCUUCGACACUCCGCAGGACGCAGCCUCCGCUAUCGCCUCAGGUGACAAGGACACUCUUCUUAGGAUCUCGUGAGGUUAUUUGCCUUGAACUUGAAUCAAAUCAUUGCAUAUUGAGGGCCUCACAUUUGAAAGUUUGCCUAGGGCCUCUCAAAAUAUUUGGAAUCUCAGGGCGGCCCUGACCAAAACCCUAAUCUAAGAAGACCAUGAUCGCCCAACGAUCCAUCUUUCGAUCCUCUGGCCAGGCCAGUCUUUUCAAUCAAGCUCUUCGGAUCUUCGAUCCCAUUUCUGAUCGCCCCUUCAAUGCGCCCUUGUGUGCGUCCAAUAACUCUCAUCUCUCAGCGAAGUCCCUCUCUCACAGCUCACAACACUCCAAUGCUUUCCCAGGUUGUGUAGAGAAAUUGAAAGGUGGCUCUCGUCAUCAUGCUGCUGAUGUGUUGGGAGGAGAUUCAAAAGCUGGAUCCCAUUUUUUGGGAGAUUUUGGUAUGAAGUUGGGUUUUAUGAAAGCAAAGGAGAAUGUCUUUCCACCAUCUGCUGUGAGUUUUAGAAGUUUUAUACAUUCUGAGAGUCGGAAGGAAGCUGAGAUGGGCAAGAAUACUAGAUCCAUGGACUUCGUGCGAGGAAUUAUGGAUGAAGAUGGGAAGGACGGCAGGGGGGAUCCUCGAAAUCAUGCUGAUCAAAAUGCAGACAUUGUCCAUAUCAAGAUAUUGCGCAACAAUACCUUUGUUACUCUGACUGAUUCUGAGGGUAACACAAAGGCUAAGUCUACUGUAGGAUUAUUGGAACAGAAAGAAGGUACUAAAUCAUCGGGUCGAUUUUCUGGUGAGGCAACUGCAGAACAGGUUGGACGAAUCGCAAGGAGUAUGGGAGUAAAGUCGGUUGUUGUAAAAGUGAGUGGGUUUACUUAUUUUAAGAAGAAAAAGCAAGCAAUCUUGAGCUUCCGGGAGGGCUAUACCCAUGGUCGAGGAGAUCAGAAUCCAAUCGUAUACCUCGAGGACACAACGCGACUUCCCCAUAAUGGGUGCCGACGACCAAAGAAACGUCGUGUAUAAAUGGUGGUGAGCUGGAGCUUCACAUGCAUGGUAGCAAGCUGGAUGGUCACAUGCAUGGAUUAUCUUGAAAUUGGGACGAGGCAAUAGUUCGGUGAAGAUUCUAAGCUCAUGGGUCACAUAAAUUGAUGUAACAUGGGUUUGGACUGUUUGUUACUUGUUUUGAUUGGCUAUAGGUGAGUGGUAAAUAGACACUUAAAGGAGUUCAAUUACCAUAGUGUAUGUUUAACCUCCUUGUGGCUUUUGUCUAUGUUUCUGAAUUAAGAAAUUUGUAUGCCUUUUUUCUUCGGACACAUCAGUUUUUGCAGUGUUAGAACUUCUACAGUUUUGAUGAGAUUAUGUUACUGUUAUACAGACUUGUCUCUACUGUUUAUCUAAUUUUAUUUUCUAGUUUCAUC